AUGGCACUCCCGAGUCCAGCAAAGGCCUGCCAUACCUUUCUUGAGCUUCACCAGCCCAUUGGAGAUGUCGAAUAUCCUACGCCGCGUACGUUCGUGCCUGGCCAAGUCUACAGGUUUCCCUUCAUUUUCGUUGUUCCAGAGCGACUCCUCUCUCCUACGUGUGAUCACGCCACAAGCAAUAUACAUGUUGGGCGUGCUCACACUUUGCCACCCCCGAGCCUAGGAGAUAUUAUGCUUGCCAGCGAUGGCCGCUCUUUGCUUGAUGAUAUGUCGUCUGAACUGUGCCGCAUCUCUUAUCGGAUCCGAACUUCCCUGACGAGAAGAUCUUUGAGUAACGAAAAUGCUAAGGAAACUUUGAAGGUAGUCGCGAAAAAAGUGCGAAUCAUUCCGGUGGUACAAGAAGAGCCACCGCUGGUGGUAAAGGAUGACGGGAACGAUUAUUGUAUGCAAAAUGUGAAGGAUAUCAAAACGGGCGUUACAAGAACAAAGCGAGGCUCACUUCUGGUUACCGCGUCCCAGCCAAGUCCCCUUCGACUUUGUCCACCUGGUUCUCCAUCUACAGCGAGUGUCUGCACUAUGACUACGGUUUAUCUGCGAUUUGACCCGGUCGGAGAUGAGCCGCCCCCUAGGUUGGGGUCCUUGAGCAGUAAGCUCAGUGUUUCCACAUUUUACACGAUCACACCAUGGGCUGACUUCCCAAGUCCGUCUUACGUCGACUACCUCGGAAGGCACCACUACACAACCUCUGUUUCGCUAUCGUCACUAUGCGUUUCAUCAAUGACUUGGAUCAAGCACGCCGGUGUCCAAUUGUCGGAGAAGGGCGCUUGGGUGGACUUGACUCGGACCGAACCAUUCCCUACAACCUCACCCACAGAGGAUAGAGGCACGUAUUACACAGCUGCAGUGAUUGUCCCCAUCACACUGCCACGGACGAAAGCAUUUGUGCCCACCUUCCACUCAUGUUUGAUCUCGCGGACAUAUGCGUUGGAUCUGAGCAUAUGCUACCACACACCGAACGCCAGUCUGUUGACUUCGCACAUGUCCCUCCGCCUGCCAAUCCAGGUCACUUCCUUGCCAAGAUCCCAGCCUCUCACACAACCUCCACUCUAUAACGAGCUGCAGACGACCGAAAUCGCGAUGAAACAAGGCGGAAAUUAG